GUGACAGGCGGCGCGGCCAAUGGCGCGAGGGUGGCCGGGCUCGGAGGGAGCGAGUGAGCGCGUCCGGGGCUGAGGCGGCCGAGACGGGGCGGCGGGAGGCGGAGGCGGCCAUCGCGGAGCCAGCGGCCCUGUGCGGCCCCCUAGAUUCCAUAAUGAUGAAUGGUUCCAACGUGGCCAACACAACCACGACUUCAGCCACGCCUGCAAAAUCCAAGGAGGACCAGGUAGUGAACGGGCAUGAUGAGAAGGAGAACAACCCCUUCGCAGAGUACAUGUGGAUGGAGAACGAGGAGGACUUCAACCGGCAGGUGGAAGAAGAGCUUCAGGAACAGGAGUUCCUUGAUCGUUGCUUCCAGGAGAUGCUGGACGAAGAGGACCAGGACUGGUUCAUCCCAUCCCGCGACUUGCCCCAGGGCAUCGGGCAGCUUCAGCAGCAGCUAAACGGGCUUUCUGUCAACGACAGCCACGUAUCGGAAGACAUCUUGAGCAAAAGCACCUUAAACCCCGAUGCCAAGGAGUUCGUCCCUGGAGUGAAGUACUGAACCUUCCAGCAAACUUCGCAGAGACAUUUUUUUCCCCUGGAUGGGUGGGGUGGGGUGGGGGGCAGCAGGCCCUGCAAGCGGCGGUGUGGGAGAGAGACUCCUCAUGGGUGACUCUGCGGGACUCUUCAGCUACUUAAUCCCUCUUUUCUUGCUGCAUCGGGGAUAUUUUGAAAUGAACUGACAAGUUAGACCCACAGCAGGGUGGCGAUCUGGGGCCGGGUCCUGUGGGGAGGGGGGCACCUUCGGGGUUUGGGGGUGGGGUGGGGUGGGGGGUUGUUCUUUUUCCGUUAGACAGCGAUAAGCUUGGCUUGACCGCAAGGAGGAUCCUGGCCCCGUGACCCACCAGCUUCCAUUCCCCAAUCCCACUUUGGACGUCGCCCCGGAUGACGAGCCCCCGGAUGUCUCUCUUCUUGCCAGAGGUUCUCGCGCUUCUAGCUGGCCAGACUGGGCCCCCAGCAGGCUUCUGCGCACUUCGGCUUCUGGCUUUAGAGCAGGCCCUUCCUUGUGCGGGCGGACUGUCUUUUGGGAAGCUGCUGCCACUCUGUGGGCUGCAAACAGGUCUGUGCCCCACUGCCAAACUCGUUGGGGGUCAGGGUGGGACGAUUGAUGGAUGGGGCGGGGGGGGGGGGCUGCGAUGUGCUUGAACCUCACCCUUCUCUACUGACCCAUUCCCAGCGUCUUCUUGGUGGCCACAGCAAACUCUGCCCCUCACUGCAGGGUGGCAGGCAGGCAAGAUCCUAGACGGUUUAGAGAUGCCGACCCAAGUGGGGGAGAAGAUCCACCCUCCGCUGAGCAGUUUCCCACCUCCCGCCCCCCCUCCUCCCCCCCCCCCCGUCCGUCCGUAUCACCUUCCUUUCUCCUCCCCUCCUAUGAAAUAUCUUAAUCGGAAAUGACAGGGUACCUUCCUCUUCCUGGCAGCCCCUUCAUCUGUCACCCAGGGCAGGACAGGAAGCUGAAGUUACAGACCCUCCCUUGACCUGUCCGGGCUCCCUGCCCUUCCGGGUCUCUGUUUGCCGCAGACGUGCAGGGGGUCCCGGUUUCGAAUCCUUGGAAAGUGGCUGCCUGCAUGGGCACAGAGGCGGCUGCUCGGGCAGCAGUGCGGGGAUUACCCCCAGGAUCCCGAAGUGUGGGAUUACCCCCCAGGCUUCUCGCUUGGCCUGGCAGCCCUCCCCAUGGAAGGUUUUUGAGCGGCAGCCUUUCCGCUUCUCCUCUGCUGAACUGAGCUUCUGGGUGAGGCUGGCUGUUCAUCCUCGAAGGUCAGAAGUGGCCACUGUCAUAUUUCGACCAAAUGGUGUCGAAGAGCACCAUCCUCUGCCCCUGACAGGACCUCUCCAUGGCAUCUUGAGGGAGGAAUUGGCAAAGUGGGAGGGGCUGUGCUUGUCACCCCCACCCCCACCACACAUACCCCACCAAAGGAAAAUGUGGGGGAAGAUGCUCUCCGUCAGCACCACCGGCAGCCAGGCCUUGUUGCCUGAGACACGUGGCCCGCCUGUUUUCCUUUAUGGACGGCAGCAGCAGGUUUUGCAUUUGGGCCAGCCGGGGCUCCACUUCCUCCCCACUUCCCCACCUUCAUGACACGGACUGGGAAGAAGCAGCAGCUGUCGGGUUCCAGCUGGGGUGGCCCUGCCCUUCGAAGGACGGACGGGGGCCGGUUUGGACAGCCUCGUCCUCCUGUGUUUGAAUUGCUUGUGAAUUCAGACUCUUCCUUCCUCACAUGUGUAUGCCCCCCCCCCCCCCCGGAAAUAUCUCUUGCUAUUUCAGCGUGCUGCAAAAGGGUUUGGUCAAAAGGAAGACGCUCAGCCAGCUGGGCUGCUUCGAACUCCGGCUUGCGAGGAGGUUGGGUUCAGGGCUCCCGUGGUCCCCCUUCCAGUGGUGUCUCCCCCAGCAGGGCGAGGGGGAAAGAGUUGGCCCCCUUCGCUGAAUCCCUGCUGGGGAGGCCUGAGCCCAAGCAGCCGGCUGUGGCCGUGCGGCUGUUCCCAGCCAGACCCUCGGUAAUAGGAAUGCAGGUUGGCCAGAGAUGCUUGCUGACGCCCGCUGCCGUCCCCUUUCUUUUCCCCUCCCCCGCUCCUUUACUCUGCAACUUCUUGGUUUCUUUCUGAGGAAGUCCUUGCAAUUAUGUGCUGUCCAUUUUUACGACAAUGCAUUUAAAAUAAAGAUGGGUUUGAGCUGGG